UAGUAUAUUCGACAAAGGUUUGAUGAGACGUCUUUCACAAGCGUGUUGGUUUUAUGUUAUAUCAGGAACUCAACUGCAGUUUUAUUAACGACACGUUUAUGAACAAUCAAAUGGUCCUCGUAAAAAUUUAUUGAAGGACAUAAAAGCAUGCACGACCACUUGACGAAUAUAGCCGCAGUUGUGGUGCGUUUUCAGGCGUCUUACUAUUCCCACCGCCCCGAUUUGUUUAAAACUCCAUUUUAUGAGGGUUAUCCCAAUUGUAUUUAUUUGAAACUCGUGGAAAACAGGUCUUUAGUGCGUAAAAGCAACCCUCUAGACAACACAAGAGCCGUAUAUUUGUCAAAAUUAUUCCAUUGCGUCCUUUCCAAUUAUAUAGAAUUAAUAGUGAAACUGAGAAAGAAAUAUACUACAUUUUCUUUUUUCUAAUUGUUUUAAUAAAUAACAUUGUGCCGUGAGGGAUGCGCACAAGGCUAGCCACAGCACAGUAGCAUUCUCUCGACAGAGAUUGAUUACACCAACAAAUAGUGCCCUUUUUAAGACCGUUAACACACACACUCUGCUGCUUCGUAAGGCUACAAAUAACUAUUUACCUUAAUCAGUUGCAUCACAGUAUACUAGAAACACACCAUCUUCAUAUAUUUAGGCUCGAUGCAAAAAAAAAAGACAACAUUAGUAUUAAGCUACCUACUGCAAGCUCGAAGUGCAUUGCUGUUCCAGGAGAACGCGCGCAUUGAUCUACUGUGCAGUUUUUCAGGGGGUAAAUGCAAUCACGUGUUCCAUAGGCGUCCAAUCCCAGCUGGGGAAGCUUUCUGAAAUAAUUACCUGUCUUGAUUGUUCUACGGUCAGAUAAAAAAGUACACAUACACUCCAUAUAAUAAUCGGAUGCAUGUAAAAUAGAAGGGAAACAUCGCCAUGUCGGCUACGGGUCCCAUAAGUAAUUAUUAUGUGGAUUCCUUGAUCAACCAUGAGAGCGAGGAUGUUCUGGCGAGUCGUUUCACAGCCACUGGUCCGAUAUCCUCCAGCUCACGCCCGACGCCCCUGGUACCGGAAUGCGCGGAUUACCCGUCUUGCAGCUUUGCCCCGAAACCACCAGUCUUUACUACCUCGUGGGCCCCUGUUCACUCCCAGUCGUCAGUGGUUUACCAUCCAUACACUCACCAACCUCACCUAGGCACAGACUCAAGGUACGUUCGCUCUUGGCUGGAGCCUAUCCCCGGUACCGUGUCUUUUCCAGGAUACGCAGGGAAUAGCAGGCACUACGGGCUGAAGCCCGACACCUUCCAGGAUCCCCGUGCUGGAGACUGUUUGGGCUCGAACGGACGCACUUACACGGAUUAUCUCUACUGCUCCGCCGUCGACAUUCGAGAAAAGCAGCAGAACACACCAUCGCCUGAGACUGAGAGUUUGUCUUCCGGGAAGCACAAAGACGACAAGCCUGAAUUAGACCCAAAUAAUCCUGUGGCAAACUGGAUCCAUGCGCGCUCAACUCGAAAGAAGCGUUGUCCAUACACCAAGUAUCAAACACUCGAACUCGAAAAGGAAUUUUUAUUCAAUAUGUACCUCACAAGAGACCGGCGAUAUGAGGUAGCAAGGGUGCUGAAUCUGACGGAGCGACAAGUCAAAAUCUGGUUCCAGAACCGACGGAUGAAGAUGAAGAAAAUGAACAAAGAAAAAAACGACAGUAAAGAACAAUAGACCAAAAGUCACUCAUCAGAAAAAGACUGACAUAACAUUUGCACCUCCGGCCCAUAACAGGAACAGAGAAAACGAAAAGGCUAUCCUAUAUGGAUGUCCUUCAAAACGUUAUGAUAUAAGUAUGAUUUAAUGUAAGUGUAAUUUUACCAUCCUGACGUAAGUCAUAUUAAUACUAUACGUAGUUUGGAUUUACAUAACAUUUCUUUACUCACAAAUACAAAAGUGGACUCUGCAGAGAGGCUGCCCCGAAGUUUCAGCGAGAACAUACUUGAAAUACUUUUUUUUCAAAUUCCUAAUUUAUGCUCUCUACGUGGUUGUUUCUUUUCUAUAUGCUUCCAUUAUAUGUAGGAGGUUUGAAAGCCGAAUAUUUUAUAAAGAAUAACAAUUCUGUAGUUAAAAACAUAUACGUGUUUGCGUCGAUGUGCUUAGUUUGUUUCUGAUGUACCUGUUUGUGUAUUUUACAUUCUUUAAACUGUAAAUGAGUUUCAUCAUAGAUUGU